AUCCUCUAAGCCAAGGCGACAGUUUUUAACCUGGCCUUAAAUUUCAGUACUUCCCCAAAAACAAAAUUUCUAGCCAGAAAGCCUGGUAUUGGCAUCAACUCUUCCCAUUCCAUCCAACAGUAAGCCUAUCCUUGGCUCAUUAUUGAAAACCCGUUGGCCCGAUUUGGAUAUCCAGCAACUAACAUACAAGUGAAUCUACACAAGAAAAAGUCGACAAUGUGGGAUACUGGACUUUACAUUGCUCUUGGUGGGAUUGCGUUUGGGGUGAGCGUUGCUAUUGCAGCAGCCUUCUUGGUGAUCCAAUGGAGAAAGAAUAAGCAGAAUUCAUGCAAGCUGGUGGAUGUGGAGCUACAACAGCUUGGUUUAAGUGUGAGAACCACUAACGAGAAGAAGGUUUCUUCUGCAGAGGAAUCCGAAGAUCCUCUUGAUGGUCAGAUUAUCAAUAAAGCACAAGGUAAGAUGGUGGUGGAGACAUACACUAUAGAGGAACUGACAAAGGCAACCGAGGACUUCAAUUCAAGUAAUCUCAUUGAGGAUUCUGUAUUUCAUGGUCGCCUCAAUGGGAAGGAAGUGGAGAUAAAGCGCACACCGACUGAGACCAUCUCAAAGAUUGAGUUCGAGCUAUUCCAAGAUGCAAUUCAACAUCACCCUAACAUAAUGUGGCUCUUGGGAACCUGUGUGAUUGAGGGCCCUGACUCAUUUUUGGUUUUCGAAUAUGCCAGGAACGGGUCCUUGAAGGACUGGCUUCAUGGUGGAUUGGCAAUGAAAAGCCAGUUCAUUGCCUCGUGCUAUUGUUUCUUGACAUGGAGCCAGAGGCUAAGGAUCUGUCUUGAUGUGGCUACAGCCUUACAAUACAUGCACCACAUUAUGAAUCCUAGCUACGUGCAUAGGAACAUCAAGAGUCAGAACAUCUUCUUAGAUGAAGAAUUCAAUGCCAAGAUGGGGAAUUUUGGGAUGGCUAGAUGCGUUGAAGGUGAUUCUGAGGACCAGAAAUCUGAUUCAAGUCAUCCUCCCUCUUGGAGUAAAGGGUACUUGGCACCUGAAUAUCUUCAGCAUGGUGUAAUUACCCCGAGCAUGGAUAUUUUUGCUUAUGGGGUGGUUUUGCUAGAGGUUUUAUCCGGGCAGACGCCCAUAACCGCGCCCAAUGAGAAGGGAGAAAGAAGUGUUUGGCUAUCCGAGAAAAUCAAGAGCAUAUUGCAGUCCGAUAAUGCAGAUGAGCUGAGGGGAUGGAUGGACAAUGCGGUGGGUGAAGAUUAUUCAUUUGAUGCAGCUGUUACAUUGGCCAAUCUUGCAAGAGCUUGCACAGAGGAUGACCCAUCGUUGAGACCAAAUGCUGGAGAAAUCGUUGAGAAGUUACUCAUAUUGGUGGAAGAAUUACCAGCAGCAGAGCAAUUCUCAACUCGUGAAGGCUCCUGCAAACUUCUUGUCAAGGCAGCUGCAAAAGAUAUUUCAACACCAAUCUAAGGAUGUCACAGAUGAAUCAAUAUUUCUCUUACUCUCGCUAUUCA